AUGACUUGCUCUUCUCUUCCUACCUCUAGGUUCGCAUCCAACAAUUUAACUUUUACCCCAGCUCUCAGUGUGCCAGAUACAGUCCCUUUAUCUACUUGCAGCCAGCUCAUUGCUGAGGGCAGACCCGAUAAGAGCAAUGCCGUAAUGUUCAACUAUCAAGUGGAAGAUGAUGCAAAUAAUUCCGAAAAUGAGAUGCAUGUCCAGCAUGAAGCUAAAAACUGCCGCUUUCCUAUUAUUUCUUCUCUACCCUCUGCUACUGAUGCUGUCAUAGAUACCUAUGAACCUUAUUGCCCCAGGAUCUCCAAUGGUGUUGAGGCUAUUUCGGAUAGUAGAAGUUUAGAGGCAAAAUCUCCAGGUUAUGGCACUUUUGCUUUGAAAGCUCAAUCGAAUAGAAUGCUGUCUUUGCAGGUUAACAUGGCCGAUCUUGGCCAGAGACGGAAGCCUCACAAGGCCUUAGCAAGGGCUCAAUCACGCCCUCAUUCCCCUGUUGACUUGGAACUUUUUGGUAAGUCCGUCAACUAUUAA